UGCAAAAUAUCCGAAGAGGAGAAGAACAGCACGCUCGUAUUCGUAAACAGAGAACUGAAACGCUGAGCGAUUAACGCUGUACUGACAUGUUUACAUUUUAUUUUAUUUUAUUUAAUUCCUCAUUAGACCAACUAUAAAAAAAACGUAAACUGUUUCCGAUUGAUCAUGGAUGCACCAGAGGCCAGUCAUUCUGAAGUUGCACCGCCGGAUGCUGCAAAUGAGUCCAGCGUUUCUUUAACACCGCACAUGUUGGCCAAAAUAGAGCGGAACAGACAACGAGCAUUGAUGCUCAGACAAGCCAGGCUCGCUAGUAGACCAUCUUCAGCUGUAGAAGGUGCUACCUGUGCUAAAGUGGCAAAAACUAUAGACUCUGGUGCGGGGUUCUUUAUUGAAGAGGAGACAGCAGAGGAUGAGCAGCAGGAGAAGAGAGUGGUCCAGCAACCAGCCCCAGUGAUGGAGCCUGAUUAUCUGAUGUGUGAUGAGUGUCUGAAGCCAUUUAUGGACUCGUAUCUCAGCAACAGUUUUGAUCUGUCUGUGUGUGAUAAAUGCAGAGACAAUGAAGUGAAGCACAAGCUAAUAUCUCGCACUGAAGCGAAACAGGCUUUCCUUCUGAAGGACUGUGAUCUGGACAAGAGGGAGCCAUCACUGCGAUUUAUCCUGAGGAAAAAUCCUCACAAUCCGCGCUGGGGAGACAUGAAACUCUACUUAAAGACACAGGUGGAAAAACGAGCUCUGGAGGUGUGGGGCAGUGAGGAGGCUCUGGAGGAGGCCAAGGAGAGUAGAGAGGAGAACAGGGAGGUGCAAAAGCAGAAACGCUUUAAUAAAAAGGUUAAAGAGCUGAGGCGGGCGGUAAGAAGCAGUAUGUUUAAGAAAGAUACCAGCAUUCAUCAGCAUGACUACGGCCCUGAGGAGCUGCUGGACGAAGAGGAAGAUCUCUACAGGAAAGUGUGUCAAACCUGUGGACACGAACUUACUUUUGAGAAAAUGUAAAUGCAUCUUCGAGCUCUCACAGCUGUGGCUACCGUACACGGAAGAAGCAGGGUCCGGAUCCAGGUCAGCGAAGAGUAAUCCUGACCUUGUUUCUGAUUCUUUUGGCUUGCAGUCCAGGUACCAAUGCAGAUUUGCAUCAGUUUUCAUGAAUGGACUUUUCACUUGAACUUUGGUGAACAAGUUUGGAGUGUCUGACACUCCUAACCAACAGUGCUGCUGUUUUGUGUUUAUGCCUUUCUAAAGGUAGAAGCAUCAGCAGUAGUGUCAGAAGUUUAGAGUGUGCUGCACUAGAUUUGAUCACAAGAGGGCACUGUAGAGCUACUAUUUUGAGAGAACUGCAAUCAAAAUGAUAGCUGAUGCAAGGUUGAGUUCUUUGUCAUUUAGGGGAGAGCACACUGUUGAGCAUGUUCAGACAAAAAAAUACAAAUGAGAUUUAUUAAAUAUAACACCCUUUAAACUAUGUAUUUAAUAUUUAGGAUGUGACUAACCAAAAUCUGCUCUUUCAACUGUGAUAUUAUCAUAUCGCAGUAUACGGUAAUUAUGAGGCAAAAGCACCAAACUGGUCCAAAGUUGAAUGGUAACAGGAUCUCGUUUCUCAGUCUCCUACCUCGUAAAGUCCAGUGCCUGUUUGUUCGGUGAGGGAUAUUGAUGAUUCCAUACGUAGACAGAGUUUCUCUCACGGUGUUGCGUUUCAGUCUGUCUGUGUGUGACUAUUGAAAGUAUCCGACAAGGAGCACAAACGCACUCAUUCCUUAAUGGCCACUCUUCUUCCUCACCUUUCGUGCCAAGGUUAGCGAGAUACUUUUUGCUGUAUUAGAAAUCAUGAAUUUAGUCUAUGAAAUGUUUGUUUAAAAAUGUGUUUGUAAUACAUUUUUUACAUAUUAGAA